CGCUCCCCCUCAACUGGAGUCGAAAAAAUGGUGGCCAGCGCUCGAGUGCAGAAGCUUCUCCGUCGAUAUAAACUAGCGAUUGCCGCCGCAUUAACUAUUCUCCUGAUCCAAGGGCUUGUAGUAUGGAGUCUAAGAAGUCUGGAGGAAGGCGAGGCAGAGAGAAAAACACGACGUUCAAAGCUCCCUGACCACAACAACCAGGACCCAAAAAGAGAUACUGCACUUUGGGAAAAGCAAAAUUCUCUGUCGGGGAGGAAUAGAGGCCGAUGGAGUGCCAGGUCGGAAAGGACAGGGGGCACAGCAGCCAGUGCACUGAGGAGAGGGACAAGCCGGAGAGGAGGAAAACCCAGCAUCAGAUUGAAGACUCCACCGGAGCGGGGGGCUGGUUUGGAUGGCAUCAUUCCCCAUGACCUGUCCAGCAGCCGGAACUUCACCGAGAGUCGUGGUGGCACAGAUGGAGCUGCUAGAUUGCCAGCUGUUGCCAUACCAGGGGAACCUGGCAGUGUGGACGGGGCCCACCAAGCCCCCAGCAGUGACUUUGCGCCUAAAUGCGAUAUCAUAGGCAAGGACGCACUGUCGGCCUUGCAUCGUGCAGCAUCACAGCAGUGCCGACAGGAGAUCGCUAACAUCGUGUGCCAGCAUCAGGCUGGACAACUCAUGCCAGACUCGCUUCCUCAGUUCUGCCCCCAGCUCGGCGUGUCCAAUCCAGUUCAGGCUGUUGGUGAACUGGACAACAGCUUGGCAAAGGUGGAGAACCCAGUCAGGGUGGCGUUUGUUCUGAUGGUCCAUGGCCGUGCUGUACGGCAGCUCAAGCGUCUCAUUAAAGCCAUAUACCACAGAGACCACUACUACUACAUUCAUGUGGACAAGCGGUCUGGCUACAUGCAUCGUGAGGUCCUGCAGAUAGCCCAGCAGUACCCAAAUGUCCGUGCCACCCCAUGGCGCAUGGUCACCAUUUGGGGAGGAGCCAGCUUACUGAAGGCCUACCUUCACAGUAUGCAGGACCUGCUCUCUAUGUUGGACUGGAAGUGGGAUUUUUUCAUCAAUCUCAGUGCCACAGACUUCCCCACCAGGACUAAUAGUGAACUGGUGGCAUUCCUGUCUCAGCAUAGAGACAAAAACUUCCUUAAGUCUCAUGGGAGAGAGAAUGCCAGGUUUAUUAAGAAGCAGGGCCUUGAUCGUCUCUUCCACGAGUGUGACAACCACAUGUGGCGUCUCGGCGAACGCCACAUCCCAGAAGGCCUGGAGGUCUCAGGCGGCUCAGAUUGGUUCGCACUUACUCGGCGCUUCGUGGAGUAUGUCAUCAACUCCCAGGACAAGCUGGUGUUGGGGCUGAAACAGUUCUAUUCCUACGCUCUGCUCCCUGCUGAGUCCUUUUUCCACACUGUGCUGGGGAACAGCCACAUGUGUGACACUCUGGUGGACAAUAAUCUGCGGGUCACCAACUGGAACCGCAAGCUGGGCUGCAAAUGCCAGUACAAACACAUCGUUGACUGGUGUGGCUGCUCUCCCAACGAUUUCAAACCACAAGACCUCAUACGGAUCCAGCAACUGACCCGACCGACUUUCUUUGCCCGCAAGUUUGAGUCCACUGUAAACCAGGAGGCUAUCGACAUCCUGGACACUCACCUGUAUGGUCAGUACGCUCCGGGCACAGUUGCCAUCAAGGCGUACUGGGAGAGUCUGUUUGAGCAGCUCGAUGGUGUCGGCUCACUCAGUGAUGUUGCUCUGACUGCCUAUAGUUCUUUCUUUCGUUUGGGUCUAAAGAAUCUGGUGACCACUCAGAGCAGCAUUGAGGCCUGCAGGUUUGAACCUGUAGGCUAUCCUCUCUCAGUACACUUGUACUUCUAUGAUGACCGCUUCCAAGGAUACCUGGUCCAUCAGGAAGUACAGAACGUAGGUUCAAAGGUCAGGGAGAAACUGGAGAUGUGGGCAGUGCCCCAGGCCACCCUCGUCCUGGAGAACAACCUUAAAGAAUUUGAAAGGCUCAAGAACCUGGAAAUCGGUACAGAGUGGGAUCCUAAAGAAAGACUUUUCCGUAACUUCGGUGGGGUGAUUGGCCCGUUAGAUGAACCACUGGCCGUCCAGAAGUGGGCUCGAGGACCUAACCUCACAGCCACUAUCGUGUGGAUUGACCCAGCUCUGGUUGUGGCAGCGUCAUACGACAUCAGUGUGGAUGUGGAUGCAGAGUACACCCAAUACAAACCACCGCUGCAGCACCCUCUGCGACCUGGGGCUUGGACUGUACGGGUGUUAAAGCAGUGGGAGCGCAUUGCAGAAGUUCACUUCUUGGUCAUGCCUUUAACCUUUAAAGAUAAGGAGCCACUACGCAAAGGAGAGGACAGCUGGCUCCUGGCAGGUCCUCCAGGUAACUUGUACCUGGAGCAGAGCUUCCAGCAGCUGAGCUCCGUGCUGAAGUUGCCGCCGCAGGAGCCUGCGAUGCAUGAGGCCCAGCGUAACGCCCAGCUGGUGGGUCGGCCUCUCGAAGCAUGGCUGGACAAUGGCAUCGCAGCUUUUUGGGUCAUCGGUGACCUGUGCUCCACACAGACUUCCUCAUGUCCUGCUUUGGGACCUUGCUCCAAGACUUCAUGGAGUUCAAUGUCUCCAGACCCAAAAUCUGAACUGGGCCCAGUGAAAAGUGAUGGACGGAUCAGGUAGCCUUAAGAGAGGAGAGACUCGCUGACACAUAGACUGAGGCGGACCUGCACCGGAGGCCAGUCAGGUGUAGAAGGUCUACAUGUGAACCUGAUGCCUCUGAGGUCUGUUCAGAGCUCAAAGGCACAUAAGAGGACGAGGCGCCUUUGUGCACUGAGAAGCCGACGCACACUCUGAGGCGGUAACAGAGUGGAGACAGGACACGGCUGCUGGAAUUUGCACAUAGGAGACUGCAACCGCACAAGUCUGUGGUUGUUUAGUUUGCCGAAUGGUUAUAUGAAUGCCAGAUGAAUUGUGUUUUUGCUGCCUGGCACAUAGGUUUUCAGUCAGGGUCCGUCGGAUGGGAGUUUGAAAAGAACCCUCUGCACAUGUUUGAACUCUGGGCACAGUUUUCAGUUUUCCUCUGCUUUGAAAGACUUGGUGAGCAGUUGUCAAAACUCAACCACAGGCUCCCCGCUGUGUUCCGUCUUCAUUACAAAGGAGAACGGGACCUCGAAGUCACGUUAUUGUGCUUAUUUUGAAGCAUUAUCUAAACAUUCGGAGCAGACAGAUGAAGUGCACUUUACUGUAAGACUGUAGCGUUACAGAGCUCACCUGGUUACAGUGUGAUGAGUAGAAGUUUCAAAGUCAAGGUCACAUCAGUCAUCAUUAAUAUUAUAGUAGGUGCCUGUUGAGGCCAAAUACCUGCACUGUCGCCAUUGCACAGACACAUCAGCGAUAGGGGACGACAGAUACUGAUUAUUGGUACUCGAGAGAUCAAGAGUCGAUAUUUGGAUUUUGAAAUGUGGUUAAAAAUCUUGGAUUCUCAACACAAUCCUAGCUCAUGUCCAGGACUUUCACUUGCUGGUGGCUGGGAUACACUCCAGCAUCACCAAAUUAAUGAAUCAAUGAACACAAACUUUUGUUGAAAUGACUUUAAGCAUGAGUUUUAUCAUUUUCAGACUUAUGUUAAAACAAAAAGGGAGCUCCCGACAACAUUUCUUAUCAAGUUUAGUAUCUAGGUGUGAAAAAUAGCCCCAAGAAAGAUCAAGGACAUAAAUAAAACAAGUGAAACAUUUGUGCUGAAAUUUCCGGUAAUCUGUCAUCCUCUAACCACUAAUACUUACCCAGAUAAAGGUAAAAUAAGGAGAUGGAGCUGGGAUUCUUGGAUAUGUAGUUUUUUUUAGCAUCUUUGUUUACUGUGACAUUUCUAAUUUUGUGAUUUUAGAACAAUGUGUUUUAUCUGUUGGUUCCCUGAAUUUGAUAUUAAGUUGAUUGUAUGUCGUUCUAAAAUAAAAGCCACUGAAUAGUUUUGUGGUGAAGGGAAGUGCCUAGAUGGGUGCAGCAUCCAACUGCACAUAGUGUGACUGCAGUAGUUGACAAAAACAGUCUCACCCACACUUCCACGAUAACUCGUCAACCUCCACUGAUAGAUACCUGUAACCUUAAGUCGAGUUUAGUGAUGAAUACGUUUUGUCGUGGUUAGGUUUUAGAUUUAGCUGAACUACAGCCAAAUUCAAAAGGCAGAAAAAAUGUAAUGAGACGGCAAAAGUCUUUCAGAAUACAUACCUCGUCCAUCUCGGUUACAUACAUUAUUGCCACUCCUGUGUUUGCAUCAGUUACAUUUCAAUUCCCAACAUGCAUUUCAACUGUAGGAUUAAAAAAAAAAUGUUACGCUCAACACUGUAUGUUUCUGGAUUUUAAUCACACGAUCAAAAAUCAACGCUGCCUUUACUGAGUUGAGAUGAGUUGUUUACUAUGGGAUAAUUGUACCAGAUUUGUACAUGUCAUGCCUUUGAGAGGAUAGUGAACCCCCCUUUGUCUGUUAGUUUGCUUUUUUUUUCAUGUGGUAUUUUACGUGGACACCAUAUGAGUUUUUAAGUGACCUUGUUUACUUUGCACAGUACAGUUGCUUCAGUGAAGCCCUAGUUUUAUUGAGAUGAGAGCAGAGUAAAUGUUGCAGCAGAUGUUAUUUUUCUAUAUUUGAGAGGAUGUGUGUAUGUUGUCUGUACAUUUCCAAUAAUCUGUUUAAAAAAAAAAAAAAAAAGAAAAGCAAAACUGCUGUCUACUUCUGUUGUAUUUGACAGUCCACCCAUUCAGUGUCAUUCGAAGCAGACCUUCUGUUUUUGGGGGUGGGGUGGGGGGUGGGGAUUCAUGGUUUCCGUCCCUGCUGUUGUGAUAACCAGCAGCGGCUCUGAGUCAUCCCGGGCUCUGUGUCUCUUAUCGGAGUCAGGAACUUCAGCCUGUCACUGUACGCCUCUGGAGAAGCUCAGAGGGAAGGCAUCCUGACCGAUGACUCAAUAAAAACACACUUAAACGAA